UCAGUUCACUCGAUCACGCUUCAGUGUAUUUUUCGUUUUUAAAAAAUUAUCAUUAUGAAUUUUAUAAAUUCAAAACCAUUACAAACUCGUAAUUAUACAGUUUCUAUUAUAUUUUUAUUUCUAAUUAUUGAAGUUGUGAAUAGUGAAAUUAACUACAGAAAAAGCAGUCAAAUCAUUCAAGAAACACAUGGUAAUUUCGAUGAAGCGAUAAAAAAAGAUUGUAGCAAAUCAUAUAAUUUCACGUGUUUCAAACUUGAUAUCGUAUCGUUUGUUGAUAAAAUAUCUGAGGAAAAAUAUCUGGGUGUACUUCCUGGUGUCUUGGUUGUCAAAGAAAAUAUAUCUAGUGAAUCAUCCUCGUCUGAUGUGGUUGCUAAUCUAGCAAGAAGUUUUCCAAAUGACAUGGACAAAAGAUUAGAUGCUUUUAUUUUGCAUAAAAUUGGCACUUAUCUAAGUACCCAUUCGAUAUCAAUAAAAUUAUUUGACGAAAAAACAUUCGAAGCUGCUAGAAAUUUAAAUAAUGAUUUAUCAGGUCAUUUUGGAUUAUACGGAAAUUCAAAUACUGAAAGUGGUCGUAAAAAAGACAAAAAUGGAUAUGGAGGAACUUUGAUGGCUGGGCUCAUGAUGAUGAAAGGUACUUUGGGUGCUAUUAGUUUCGGUGCACUUGCAAUGCUUGCUGGAAAAGCUCUUAUGACUGGUUUGAUGGCAUUGAUGUUGUCAGCUAUUGUCGGACUUAAAACAUUAACAGGCGGAGCAGAAAAAAAAACGACUUAUGAAAUUGUAAGCAAGCCAGUUUACACAGCUCCUCAUACAUACAGCACCGAAGAAGUUCAUCCAACACCUCCUCACUCGGGAUAUGGAAGAUCAUUGGAAAAUACUAAUCCAAAUAUUGAAGAAGCCAUUCGCAAAUAUGGAAAUGUCAGAGAUCGUAGAUCUAUUUGAUAACUGAAAAUAACGCCUCGUUUGUUCACUCAGUAAGGCGUCAGAAUUCGUAUAUAUUUAUUUAUUGUUUUUUUUUAACCUAGUUUAUUCUAUUAUUGCAUAAAAAAGUGAUCGAGAUAAUAUUUACAAAGCACAUUAUUCCACUGAAAAAAAGAGUGGAAUCGAUCCUGCUGUAUCUCGAUAAUCAAGCAAUACUGACAUCAUAUGCAAGUUUUUCUUCUACUCAAGGAAAUUCAUACGAAACACUAUUAAUGUUUAUAAUCAUAUUCUUUUCCCCGAAGAAAAAAAAUAAAUUUCACUGCUCGGAGCAUCUUAUCGAUAAUAAAAAAAACCUAUAAAA